UUCGUGUUCUGCAGAAGAAGGUCAUACAGGUUUGAAAUAACAAAAGUAAAUGGUUACAGAAUUUUCAUUUUUGGGUGAAUUAUCAUUGCAAAUAGAAAUGCUGGCCACAUAGACAUUUAUAAAGACUGAUAGUAAAAAUCAACACUAUUUUUGCAUUGCAAUGGUGGAGCUGUGUCGGGAAAUCCGGGCACAAUCACAGCCUGUCAGAAUUACUGUAAAAAAUGAAUAAUAACCUCAUAAAAAAAAUCAUGUUUCAUUCUAUAGCAAGUAUUACUUUCAAAAUAAACUUUCUUUCUGUUUGAGAAUGUAAAUAAAGAAUCACAGCUUAAAUGUUUUCUCUGCCGGUUCUGUUCAAUGCAUCAAGCUCAGAUUUUUGUCUGCUAAUGACUGUAGCAACACGAAAUGAUUUCGAGCCAUUUCUCACUAUAGACUUUGUGUGUUUGAUGUUCUACACCACAAAUUUCACAUCAGCCAACCUAACCGGCCUUUGUUCAGUUAAUUAAAAUCACUCUCUUGCAUAGAUUAGAAAUCAGCCUAUUUGUACUUUAAUUUACAUCGAUUGUGCUGAAUUGAUAAAAGAAAUAAAGUCGAUUUACAUUUGCAAAGACUUACUAGAUGUUGGCUAAAACAAGACCAUGGUUAAUAGUAACCUAUUUUAAUUUUCAUCUAAACAUUUCAUUCAGAAUGUUCACAACUGUAAAAAAGAAUACGUUGGGUUUUGUAAUCCAACUCAUUGUGUUUUUACACAAUGGCUUUAUAGUCAUAUAUGAUUAAUUGGCCUUGAUCGAAAACACAUUUGAGUUUUAAAAUGUUGUCUAUCCUUGGUACAUUUUUUAAAAUCAGCUUUAACUAUCGCUGUACAAUGUACAACACUGUUUAAAUCAGCUCAUUUUAUGUAAAAAAAAAAAAAAAUGUCACAUGCAACCAAGCGCACGUACAGGUGUGAAAUGAUUUGUGCCAAGGUGUAUAACAAAUGCUAUUAGACUUGUGGACACCUUUUAUGAAUAACCAUUACACGGAUUUGGAAAACAAUUGUUCUCGUUUUUUUUUCUCAAACAGCAUGUUUUAGUGUUUUUUUUAUUUGUGGCCUCUUUCAUUUUGCACAGUGUGGAAAUGGGGUCUGAACACAUGCAGAGUGGUGCUUUAGUUCUCUCAUAUUGUUCCUGCUGUGGAGGGUGUGCGGUGGUCUCAGAGCCCAUCUGUGUGUAUGUGUAUGUGUGCAGGUAUAUGCGUGUCUGUUGCUCCAUCAUUAGAUCAAGCGUGUUGCAUUGAUAAACCAGAGGAGAGUAUUGAAAGCGCUCACUGACAGAGAUGCUGCACAUGAGGCUUGGCACUUCUGCUCUACGUGGUGCAUGAAUGCAUUUGGUCAGAUGAGGAAUGAUGCUAUGGACUAUUAUCAUCAUAUGAACGGCACAGAUGAAGAGGGUUAGCAUGUCUCGUCCUGUAUGGAGUUCAGUACAGAUGCCCUGUUUCCUCUGGUUCUUACUUCUGUCCUGUUCUGUCAAAAUGAGCUCUUCUGCAUCUGAGUUAGGUUUGGAGGACGUGUUCUUUCACCCCCAGUCCCUGAGCACUGAAGAAGGUCAUGAUGUUUUCUUUCAAUGCGUUUCUGGUGAUAGUUUUCCUCCUGCACAGAUUUCAUGGUUAAAGAAUGGCCGAGUUCUCACCAUAGGAAACCAGAUUCAGGGGCAGUAUGGUGGAGGGAGCCAAAGGAAGACAUCGGGCACUUUGCACAUGGCUAACGUCACCAAAGCAGACCAAGGAAUUUAUGUCUGCAUUACCCACAAUCCCCUGCUAAACAUAACUAAAAAAAGUCAUGCAGCAACUCUGACAGUAUAUGGUUCCAGCAUGAACGUAAAGAUCGUUGAAGGUCCACAGAACAUCACUGUAGCUGUUGAAAUGGAAGCGGUUCUGCAUUGUGUUGUUGAAGGCUUUCCCAUUCCCACAGUACAGUGGUUUAAAGACGGACAUCCAAUACUCAAUACCUCUAGAUGGAGUCUACAGAAGGAUGGACAGCUGCUGGUUUUUCAGAGAGUUUUGUCAGAAGACGAAGGGUUUUAUUUCUGUGAAGCUAGCAAUAAGAAGGAGAACGUGAUUUCACAACCAGCCUACCUCCUUCCUGCAGUUAUGGACUGGUCCUUAAAUCUGGAAUCAGUCAAGAUAACAGUCAGGAAGGGGGAUUCUGCGAUACUUUUCUGUAGACCUCCACAAUCCAGACCCCAAACACAAGUGACCUGGUAUAAAAACAACCAGCCACUCCAUCCGGGACUUCACCACACAACUGAUCCUAACGGAGACCUGCGCAUCCACAGUGUGCAAGAAACAGAUACGGGAUAUUAUUUCUGCAGAGCAUCUAAUUCUCAUGUCAAAAGGGCUCUCGCCUCAAAAAAAAUCUUUCUGGGUGUUCUUGAACCUCCAUCCGUGACUAUCUGGCCGAAGUUGGUGACGUCUCCUGUAGGAGGUGAGGUUAAAGUUCACUGUCAGGUGUCAGGACACCCUGCUCCUAUAAUAAAGUGGUCAAAACAGGGCCAGUCGGUACAAACCGGUGGCAAAAUAAUCAUGGGGGUAAGAAACAGCACUCUCUACAUUUCAUCAGUCAGAGUUUAUGAUGAAGGUCUGUACACAUGCUCCGCAUCCAACACAGCGGGUCAUGAUGAGAAAACCAUGACUCUUCAUGUUGCUGAGAAACCUGUCAUCGUUUCAUUUAUUGCAUCAGUCACUGUCUCAGAAGGAUCUCGUGUUAGUCUACCCUGUCGAGCCGUUGGAGAUUUUCCUGUCAAAUAUACUUGGAUCCGAGCUGCCUUGAUCCGAGAAACACUUGAACUGUCUCAUCCAACCGCUCCUACAUCACUCCCACUACAGAUACACAUUGAUGAUAAUGGGACACUGGUCAUCUCCAGCAUCCAUCGAGCCGAUGCAGGAGAAUAUCACUGCACUGCAGAAAAUGGAGUCGGUCAGGAUAUGCGACAUACCAUCAUCACUGUGACUGAUGAAUCUGAUGUCUUGCCUAAUAAGGAAGCGCUGAGUGAAAACAAGCCCACUGUUUCCGAGAGUGCGCAAGAGCUUUUUACGAACGGCGGUCGCUAUGAUUCAAAGAUUCCAAGCUACACAGAGACAAAUAAACCCACUCAACACGCAACUGAAGAUUACACAAAGAUAUCAUCUUUAAAUGGUUUUAUGGAGGACUCGCCAACACGUACUCAUUCUGCCCAAGAUAUGACCCAGUUUGUCUCUCUUGAGUCAGCUGGCAUAAGCAAAGGAAGUAAUGAGCGCAUAAGAGGAUCCAUAGAAACACAAAAACCAACAGCUAUGCCCACCAACCCUACGUCAUUUCUCAAACUAAAAGAUACACAACCACACAUCCAACCAACACAACAGCUAACUGAAUCUCCAGUAACGAACCCAAACACAACUGAUCAGUCACCAUCAGACUCAUAUGCCUUUACCCAAUUUAAAAACAUUCAGAGCCAGACGUCAGGUUUAACUCUUCUGGAUGUGGACAACUUCACCGCCUUAACCUUUGUGGAAAAACACCAUAACCAGAGCCAAAUAACCGAGCAAUCUGAAGAAACCAAGUCGUCAGCGACAAACAAUACAGACCUUGUUGAGUCUCUGAAGAAAAAUACUUCUCAAGCCCCUAUGAGGACCACUGACAAUAAUGCAAGGGAGAAGGUGAAAUCUCAGACGUGGUGGCCUGUGAUUGAAAAACAUGACAUUCCUAUUGUGGUUGGAGUCUGCGUUUCCCUGGCGUUUAUUUUCGUUGCCAUGGCCUUUUACUCUUUGGUUCAGAAAAAGGAUCCGGCAGCUUUUCCUACUGGGAGAGCAGCUUUGAGGGGCAUCUGUGGGCCAUGCAGACAUGGGGAACGUCUUGCCAUAGAAGGGACUUACGAUAACAAGGCAUUUGAGGAUGAUAAUUUGGUGGCUGUUAUUGAGCAAAGCCCCAACACAUCAGAGACCAGAGCACUUCCACCAGAAUCCAGCCCGCCUGUCCUGCCCAUGGAACCGUCCUCCAGUGAUGAUCAACAAUCUGGCCAAGAUCUCCCAGUUAUUGUGGAGACACAUCCAGAGCCUAGAGAAGAGGACCAGCUGGAGACUAUAUUUGAGGAAGGGAUGGCCACUCCCUCACCGCAUUCUGACAUUCAGCUGCAGUGCAUGGAUGACUGGAGAAGCAGUGAGUUUGAAGCCGGUCAGGACGCCCCCUCGCCUCCUCCACCCAAUCCCCCACCCGCCCAUGAGGAGGGCCUGCGCUCCUCUCUGACCCUCCAGACCAGCGAGCCCUGCUCGACUCCCGUGCGUCACAGCAUUAACAUCUCCCACGGGCUCUCUCCCCUCCUGCUGUCUCACUGCGUGUCCCUGGGCAUGACGUCCGUCGCCGUUGAUGUUCACUUUUACCCAUCAUCCCCCUCGGCGGCCACUCAUACUUCGUGUUCUGGCUUAGGAGCCCCGGGCCAGCAGAUCAACACCAGACUGGAGCAUGAAUUAACCGCACCAUCUACCAGCCACAGUAAAUAGACAAAACAAAGCAGUGAGAAAGCUUGUUUUUUUAAUGCUAUACGGUCAGUUAUUUUAGGGAUGGUGCUCUUUUGCUCUUAUUUUUUCUUAGAAUAUUCAGAUACGUCAAACAAUGGCAUUGUUGAAAUGUUUAUAUUAAAAUCUUCAAUAAUUUCGAGGUCAGUUUGUGACAUUGUUUAGGUUUCUCCUGAAACUAAUGGAGAUAUUUGUGAAAUUUCUGGAUCUUUUUCUUAGAUGAGAUAUGCAGGAGACUUCAGCAAAAGUUUACAUAUGCUCUCCAUUUAAUCUCGUUGAUGUGUAAGAAAAAUAAUGAAGGUAACAAAGGUUCUUUUUUAUGGCAUCUUCAGUGGAACACAAGAUGCUAAUUGUGUAUUAAAACAGUGCAAACAUCAUCUAAUUAAUAUUCAUGAGAAAGUUUUCUUUUGUGGCCACGCCCCCAGUUUUUACAUUUUAGCUACACUCCUGAUGAUAUUGAUUAAUAUUUUUCAGGUUCAUUGACAAAAAUGCAACAAAAAAGCAGGCACAUUCAACUUGAAAAGGGUGAUCAACCAAAACAAAUCAUAUCUGAAAAAUUUAUGAAAAGUCGGCAUACCAGAGCUCCAAAAAUAUUUCAAUAAUUAAGAUUUUUUUUAUAAAAAGUGUAACGUUCUGCGCGUGCGUGCUUGAAAUGUUACACGUUUCUGAAAGGCCAUUCAAUUUUUUUGAAGUCAGGUUAAUAGACACAAACUACUUUCUGCUUAUGCCAAGGAAUGUAUAAUAGUUCAUAUACUGUAUAUGUGUAUUUCUAAACAUUAGAUUUAGUUAUUUUUAAAGCAGAUAAUUUUGCUAGAAAAUCGGCCAAGAUAUUAUGUAAAAAAAUGUUGUAAAUGCAAUGAGAUGUAAAUGUAAAUGGUUCUAUUGUGCACAACAACUCGACUGUUACUUCUGCAUGUGCCAAAGGUUAAGAAAAUUUGGAAGAAAAUAUUCACUAUUUAUUUAUUUAUUUAUGUCCUGUUCUGUAAAGCAAUCCACUCAGUUGGCUUUUACAAAGAAGUAAAUAUAACCAAUUAAUACAAUAACUGUAGUCUCUUGUUGGCUUUUUCUCU